GGGGGGAUAGAAGCAAGCCCACUUUGCUUAUUAAAGAUCAGUGAUGGAAAUGAACCAUAAUCCUGUAAUGAGUAGAGCAGAGAGUGGCCUCUUUUCCUUGGGCACAGGCAAGCCUGUGCUUGCGUGUUUCACAGGAAUAGAUUGCUGGACCCAAUAGCCCUUCUGUAAUGACCCCUCUUGUUAUCUUCAGAGAUUCAUGGCUGUUCAUUAGAGACGGUUGUGCCCGCCAGUGCAACCUUAUUUGGUUCAGAUUUUUACUGUGCUCACUUGCUGGUUAAUCACACUGCAGUACGACUACACCAAAAGUUAAUAAGUGGAGUUGAAACGAUCAAACUGAGGACGCGGUCGGUGACAUUUUAACAAAUAAUAUCAUACCAAACCGCGUUUCCAAUAUUUGGUCCUCCCCUCCCCACCGAUUGCAAUUAUUACAAACACAUAUUAAAAAUGAAAAUAAUUUAAUUGGCCUGGUAAAGUUAACUUAAGGGAAAUGACACCAGUGUUGACACGAGGCCUUUUGGGUGAGGCUUCAUAAAGAGGGCAUCAUGCUACACGUUCAUGUCAGUGCACCUGGUGAACCUGAAAGUUGGGAAUCCACUGAGAAGUCCAGAGGCCUCACAGUCCAAGAUUGGAUGGAAGAAAUGUAUAUCAAGCCACUCCUCUCCAACAGCAGUCCAUGUGUUAACUUGGUAAUAACCUUGUUAGUAGUUAAACCCGAAGGCGUCUAUACUGGCUGCAGCUGUUCCCUCUGCACUGAGUCACUGUAACUUCUCAUUCCCCCUUCUCAAUCAACACCCAAAAACAUUCAUUAUGGGGUAGUCAGGUAGCCAGCCUUGUGGUUCUCAAGAUGCUCUUUUCUAUUUUAGACCCUGUUUACCGAAUUGUAGCUACUAAUAUUGAUCUGGUUGUCUCUGACACCUGCAGCCUCCCGACAUCAAAUUUAGUCUGUGUUUUAACAAAUUUAGUUUUCACCUUACCAGUCAGAAUUAAUAAGCUCCACUAGCAAAUUGCGUUUCCGAAAAAAAAAAAAAAAAAAAAAAAAAAAAAAAAAAUAGAAAAUGAAAAGAAAAUAGCAUUGUAAGCAUUUUAAACUCGCCUGGAGCCACAUUUAAGAUCUCCCAGUGAGCUGCGUUCGCCACAGUAGCUGCUGCUGCCAGUGCACCGGUUCAUAACUUUAGGGCAUCAAAUAUUUACCAGCGCUGGGACUCAUAAACACAUCUUCAGCGGGGACGCCGUGAUUUCACGCUAUAUCACAAACAUUUUAAGGCAUCAGAUGCACUGCCUGUCAUGGACUGUCAUUUUUGGCGUGUUAAUAAUAUAUCUCGGUCUCUUCGGCAGACAUACUUUGGCACUCAUGGCGCAUGAAUAGGUAAAUAACGCGGAUAAAGGUAAAUAACGCAGCUGACUGAUAGAAAGCUUUUUUUUUUGUCUUUUGUCAUUAUUGUUAUUUUUUUAUACCCUUUGUGCGUUUUCCUGUUUAUAUACAUCAGGAGAAACAGUCGGAGUCCACGUGUUUUAAUCAAAUAUAGGCCCAUGUCACACUACAAACAAAUCACUUUGCUCACAGCGCUCUUCAGAUUGUCCUAAUUAAGAGCUGUCUAAUUAAAUUACAGCCUUGAGUUAACCAAUGGCAUUACUUGUUUCAUUAGCAAAGCAGGGAGAGUGAUCGGAAGAAAAUCCUUCCUGAUUGCAGGAUGGUGUCAAUUGGCUAAUUUGCUGCCUUCGGUUACUCAAGUCAUCGCAAAGGCGUUUUCAUAUUCCUAGAUUGGGAAAGGCGUGUGCAAAAGCUUGUGAUAUAGGUUGAGCUAAUAGUAGCUUCUUACGGAGCUAUGCAGGUCGAGAAUUGCAUCUCGCCGGCGAGUGAUCUCUCCAAGAAAUUUAUGAAUGUGGGCAGUGGCUUUUCGAGCUCCAAUGGAUCAGAGCUUUCAUUGCAGGACCAUCCUAUUAUAUCUGCAAGUGACAACCUGGAGAGAAGUUCACCUCUGAAAAAAAACUCUAGGGAGAUGACGAAUCAGUCAGAGGCAGACAAUUUUCCCGACUCCAAGGACGCAUCAGGGGACGUCCAGAGGGGCAAACUCUCUCCUGAUCUUCACGGAGUCUCUGACAUCCGUCAUAAUUUCGAUGGAUCUGCAGGAGAAAGGUGCAUCUUUUCUCCAUCCACGCAGCCACAGUCAGUCUCAGCAGCUCCCAGUGCCAUGUUCCCUUACCCGAGCCAGCAUGGACCAGCGCACCCGGCUUUUUCUAUUGGAAGUCCCAGCCGCUACAUGGCCCAUCAUCCGGUCAUAACUAAUGGAGCUUACAACAGCCUUCUAACCAACACUUCUCCUCAAGGCUACCCGACGGCGGGCUACCCUUACGCGCAACAGUAUGGACACACGUACCAAGGAGGGGCUUUUUACCAGUUCUCCUCGGCGCAAGCAGGACUCGUUCCGGGGAAAGCGCAGGUGUAUCUGUGCAACAGGGCCCUGUGGCUGAAGUUUCACCGGCACCAAACGGAGAUGAUCAUCACAAAGCAAGGACGACGAAUGUUCCCAUUUUUAAGCUUCAACAUUUCUGGCCUUGACCCAACUGCUCACUACAAUAUAUUUGUGGACGUAAUACUCGCUGAUCCAAACCACUGGCGUUUUCAAGGAGGAAAGUGGGUGCCAUGUGGAAAAGCAGACACAAAUGUGAUAGGAAAUAGAGUUUACAUGCACCCGGACUCACCGAACACCGGAGCGCACUGGAUGCGUCAAGAAAUAUCAUUUGGAAAGCUAAAGCUUACAAACAACAAAGGCGCCUCCAACAACACGGGGCAGAUGGUGGUCCUCCAGUCUCUCCACAAGUACCAGCCCAGGCUCCAUGUGGUCGAAGUAAACGAGGAUGGGACAGAGGACACCAGCCAACCAGGAAGAGUCCAGACUUUCACCUUCACAGAGACGCAAUUCAUCGCUGUCACAGCUUACCAGAACACCGACAUUACUCAACUGAAAAUCGACCACAAUCCGUUUGCUAAAGGAUUCCGGGACAACUAUGACACUGUCUACACAGGCUGCGACAUUGACCGCUUAACUCCAUCACCGGGUGACUCUCCGCGUUCACAGAUCGUGCCGGGUGCGAGAUAUGCCAUGCCUAGCUCUUUCCUGCAGGACCAAUUUGUCAGCACUUAUGCCAAAACUCGCUUUCACCCUGGCGUGGGGACUGGUCCUGGCACGGAGCGCAGCGUCCCACUCGGCAACAGCUUGCUAUCCCCGCAGCAAACCGAGGAGCCCACUGUUGCCACCCCCCCGCAGCGAUGGUUUGUCACCCCUGCCAACAACCGACUGGACUUUGCUGCCUCGGCAUACGACGCCGCUGAUUUUGCCGGUAACGCGGCCACCUUGCUGUCCUACGCAGCGGCCGGAGUGAAGGCUCUUCCCCUGCCGACUGCAGGCUGCUCCAACCGGCCUCUUGGCUAUUACGCAGACCCGUCUGGCUGGGGAGGACGCACGCCGCCGCAGUACUGUGGUGUAAAUAGUAAAUCCAGCUCGGUCUUUUCCUGCUGGCCCGCUAACUCCAUCGGUGCCAGAGCAGGCACCAACUACCUGUCCGAGGAGGGAGACUCCAUCACGACGGAGAGGUCGCCCAUCGGCACCUCUGAGGAGACCAAACCCAAAGACAUGACGUCCGAGUCGAGCUGGAUAGAGACGCCCUCCUCAAUUAAGUCCAUCGAUUCGAGCGAUUCUGGUAUCUUUGAGCAGGCCAAACGGAGGAGAAUCUCACCUUCUGCCACGCCGGUUUCAGAGACAGUAUCCCCGUUAAAAUCUGAGCUGCUGACACCGAGGGAGUGUGAGAAAAACUGCACAAAGGACAUUGGUUACUACAGUUUCUACCCUCACAGUUAAAACAAAGGCAAAAUCUAUCUAUCUAUCUAUCUAUCUAUCUAUCUAUCUAUCUAUCUAUCUAUCUAUCUAUCUAUCUAUCUAUCUAUCUAUCUAUCUAUCUAUCUAUCUAUCUAUCUACAGGUUGAUCAAUAAAAAUAAAAUAAUAAAAAAAAAAAAAACACGAAAAGGACUGUAACAUCCACAGUUAAUGGCCAAAGUGUAUAAAUAAGUCUCCAGCCAUAAAUCGGGCGCCUUGUUUCCACACUGUUAAGUCAGAAUCACUGUAAUUAUGAACAUAAUGUACAUAAUACUGGACAUUUGGUGAUGGUGACUGGAUGUACACAAAAAAUAGAUGAAAUCUGACCCAUGAGUUGUACUUAAAAAAAAAAAGAAUAAAAUAAAAAAUAAAAUAAAACAAUCCCUCUUCUGUUUAGUAGCCUAAACUCUCUUAGUAAGAAAAGAUAUUGAGAAUUCGUACAUGAAAUGUUCUUGUGUAGCAUAUACUGGCACAAUAAUCCCUGUCAGUGGAAUAAUAAAAAAAGAAGUAUGUAUUUUGUACUUUAUCAAAGCUGUAGGCUACCAAAAGUUUUAAUGACCAUCACCGCUACGUUCAUGUGGUUAAAGAAGUUCUAAAUGUCGGUAAUGUAGACUUAGGGUCUUUUAUUUGUUUCUAUUUAUCCAUUUCAGCCGUUUAUUUUUCCAUAGCCUGUACGCUAUGCUGUUGUGAAAAUCUCUGUAUCUGCUGUAAUGUGAUUGAAACAUAAUAAAUGGUGUUCACCAUCAGGAUA